GACGUCGUCGACUGCCGGGGCGUCAUCCCCUGAUGGGACGUCGUCAAGGGCCAGAGCGUCAUCCCUCGAUGGGACGUCAAUUGCUGUGGCGUCAUCCAGCGAUGGGACUUCGUCAACUGCCGGGGCGUCAUCCCCCGAUGGGACGUCGUCAACUGCCGGGGCGUCAUCCCUCGAUGGGACGUCGUCAACUGCCGGGGAGUCAUCCCCCGAUGGGACGGCGUCAACUGCCGGGCGUCAUCCCUCGAUGGGACGUCGUCAACUGCCGGGGCAUCAUCCCCCGAUAGGACCUCAUCAACUGCCGGGCGUCAUCCCUCGAUGGGACGUAAUCGACUGCCGGGGCGUCAUCCCUCGAUGGGACGUCAAUUGCUGGGGCAUCAUCCAGCGAUGGGACAUCGUCACAGCUGGGGCGUCAUCCCUCGAUGGGACGUCGUCAACUGCCGGGGCGUCAUCCAGCAAUGGGACGUCGUCAACUGCCGGGGCGUCAUCCCUCGAUGGGACAUCAAUUGCUGUGGCGUCAUCCAGCGAUGGGACUUCGUCAACUGCCAGGGCGUCAUCCCCCGAUGGGACGUCGUCAACUGCCGGGGCGUCAUCCCUCGAUGGGACGUCGUCAACUGCCAGGUCGUCAUCCCUCGAUGGGACGUCAGUUGCUGGGGCGUCAUCCAGUGAUGGGACGUCGUCAGCUGCUGGGGCAUCUUCCCUCGAUGGGACGUCAAUUGCUGGGGCGUCAUCCAGCGAUGGGACAUCGUCAACUGCCGGGGCGUCAUCCCUCGAUGGGACGUCAAUUGCUGGGUCGUCAUCCCUCGAUGGGACGUUAACUGCCGGGGCAUCACCCCUCAAUGGGACGUCAAUUGCUGGGGUGUCAUCCAGCGAUGGGACUUCGUCAACUGCCGGGGCGUCAUCCCUCGAUGGGACAUCGUCAACUGCUGGGGCGUCAUCCCCCGAUGGGACGUCGUCAACUGCUGUGGCGUCAUCCACCGAUGGGACAACAUCCAUGGCCGGGGGCAUCUUCCCUAGACCGGAAUUUUCCCCUUUUCAUUAAUUCUAUUUCCAGAUAGAAAGAGUUGUUUUAAGAAAACAGAUUCCCCUCUCUGUGUUUGUGAACAGGAGUGUUGGGUCUAAAGCCUUUCUCUGGUAGCUCUGCAGGAAGAUUGCCCACCUCACCCUUGCUUUCUGUGGGUUCCAGAUGCUUCCAUUUAAAGGCGCAUCUCUCCCUACUCUGCCUCACCCGACACCAGCUCUCCUGCACCCACUGGCUUUCUAAACGCUUUCUUCCACCUUCAUCUCAUUGAAUUCAAGACUGAAAAAUAGUCAAAAAUUAUAAAAAGGUGGGAGUAGGGGUGAUCUGGAAAUCCCUGCUAUAAUAUUUUUAGAGGAAUCUACUGGAAGCUAUUUAUGUUUUAAAUAAAGCCAUCCCUUAGCACUAGAA